AUGGCGUCCGCUCCCAGGAACUCGGUGCGUCUCCUGUGGCGGCGCGAGCGCGGCUGGCAGACGUGCGCCUCGCAGCGCCUGCUGCACUUACUGGUGGAGGAGAAGGUGCGCUCAAUGAAGUGGCAGAGUCAGAAAGUGGAACUGCCCGACAGUCCCAGAUCCACCUUCCUGUUGGCCUUCAGCCCCGAUCGGACCCUGAUGGCCUCCACGCACGUCAACCACAACAUUUACAUUACCGACGUGAAGACCGGAAAGUGCCUCCAUUCCCUGGUGGGUCACCGUCGGACGCCCUGGUGCGUGACCUUUCACCCCACCAUCCCCGGACUGGUGGCCUCCGGGUGCCUCGACGGCGAAGUCCGCAUCUGGGACUUGCACGGAGGCAGCGAGAGCUGGUUCACCGACGGCAACGUGGCGGUGGCCUCACUGGCCUUCCACCCGACGGCGCAGCUGCUUCUCAUCGCCACCGGCAACGAGCUGCACUUUUGGGACUGGAGCCGGCCGGAACCCUUCGCCGCCGUCAAGACGGCCAGCGACGCCGAGCGAGUGCGGUUGGUGCGCUUCGACCCGCUGGGUCACAACCUGCUGACGGCCAUCGUGAACCCGUCGUCCAAUCAGCAGAACGAGGAUGAGGGCGACGUGCCCGCGGACGGCGCGGAGCUGCCCCAGCCGCAUUUCCGCCAGCGGUCCUUCUUGCCUCAACCUGUCCGCCGCACGCCUAUCCUGCACAACUUCCUGCACAUCUUGUCGUCGCGCUCGGGCGGCUCGCCGGGCACCGGCGAGCAGGCCGCGCGCGCCCAGGGCGCCGACGCGGGGGAAUCGCCCGCCUCUCCCCCGAGCCGCUCGUCCAUCGCGGAGCGGGGGCCGCCCUAUCUGGGCUGCACUCGCUUCCUGGGCAUGGCGUGCGCCUGCGCGCAUUGUUUGGCCAACCGCGGCCCGUCUCCGCCGCCGGGGGCCGCGCCGUCGGAAGCCCCGAGGGCCGCGGCCCGGGCGGAACCCCGCCCCUCGGCCUUCACCUCGCUCUACUACGGCGGCGCCGAGCCGGCCUCCGCGGACUGGAGCGGAGGCUCGCCGAGCGCGGGCCGCGAGGUGCCGCCGCCCCGGACCUCCUCGUCUUCCUCGCUCGGCCUCCUGGCGGCGUUGCGUCAGCAAGAGGGCUCCUCGCACUCGCCCGUCUACACCUCGGCCAGCGACGGGCGGGGUUUCCCCCGGCGGAGCGACGGCGCCAAUACCAGCAGCGGGCACCACCCUUUCUGGGACGGCUCUCGCGGAAGCCCCGCCUCCUUUCGGAACGUCUUGCAGUGCAACCUCAGCCGCUACUUCCUGGAGUUGGAGCGCGCGCAGGAGACUGAGACCCCGCCCAACAACAACGCCGGCCCGGACUCGGCCGGGCCCUCUUCCUCGUCUCCCGCGGCGCCCCCUUACCCGACUUCGCCCCGUCCCCCGGAGCCCACCUCCCCUUCCGGAGGCGCCCGUGGACAUCUGAACCGCUGCCGGGCGUGUCACAACCUGCUGACCUUCAAUCACGACUCUCAACGCUGGGAGCGCAGCGGGCAGACGUCGUCGGCCGACGCCCCGCUCCCGAUCGGCGGGGGUUCCGAGGAGGGCGAGCGGCGGCCCGUGCCUGCCUUCCCUUCGGCGCCGCCCGCCGAGCAGACGGUGGGUCUGGUGUACAACCGGGACACGGCCCAGUGGGAGAGGGUGUACCGGCAGGCCCGGGCCCCCGAGGCUUUAAACCAGGAAAUGCCUGUGGACCCCACGCCCGUGGACGAGGACUACCUCAGAAGGAGACUUCUGGAAUCCUCUCUCAUGUCGUCGUCUCGUUACGACGUGACCGGAUCCAGAGACCACCCCAUCUACCCCGACCCGGCCAGGCUGUCCCCCGCCGCUUACUACGCUCAGAGGAUGAUCCAGUAUUUGUCCCGGCGAGACAGCAUCCGUCAGCGUUCUCCCCGCUACCAGCAGAACCGCCUGCGGGCCACGUCGUCGUCCUCCUCCGACGGGCCGACCGGCGGCGCGCCGGGCUCCUCGGACGGCGCCGACGUGGACUUUGACGAGUUGGACGAUAACGGCGAGCGAACGCGGCACAGGGCGCCCCGAAACGCCAGGAUGUCGGCGCCGUCGUUGGGUCGCUUCGUGCCCAGGCGCUUCCAUCUCCCCGAGUACCUACCGUACGCCGGGAUCUUUCACCACGAGAGAGGCCAGCCGGGCUUGGCCACGCACUCGUCGGUCAACAGGGUGCUAGCCGGCGCGUCUAUCGGCGACGGCCAGUCGGCGGUGGCCAGCAACAUCGCCAACACCACGUACCGCCUGCAGUGGUGGGACUUCACCAAGUUCGACCUGCCCGAGAUCAGCAACGCUUCCGUCAACGUGCUGGUGCCCAACUGCAAGAUCUACAACGACGCCAGUUGCGACAUUUCGGCCGACGGGCAGCUGCUGGCCGUCUUCGUUCCCAGCAGUCAGCGCGGUUUCCCGGACGAGGGCGUCCUGGCCAUCUACUCGCUGGCGGCCCACAACCUGGGCGAGACUCUGUACACCAAAAGAUUCGCUCCCAACGCUAUAUCCGUCAGCUUGUCGCCGCUGGGCUGCUACGUGAUGGUGGGCUUGGCCUCUCGCAGGAUCCUGCUGCAUCCCACUACGGACCACAUGGUGGCGCAGGUCUUUCGGCUGCAGCAUCCUCACGGAGGGGAAACGUCCAUCAGGAUGGUGUUCAACGUGGUGUACCCCAUGGCGCCGGACCAGCGGCGCCACGUCAGCAUCAACUCGGCUCGCUGGCUUCCGGAUCCUGGCAUGGGGCUGGCGUACGGGACCAACAAGGGGGACCUGGUCAUCUGUCGCCCAGUGUUCUAUCGCGGGGACGGGGAAAAUCCGGCAGAGUCCGGCGCGGAGCCUUUGUUUUCCGUCAACAACGGCGGAGGCCGGGCUCGGGCCUCCGACAGACCCGGGCCCGGUCGCCCGGGAUGGAGGCUGGACAGGGACAUGGGCUUGAUGAACGCCAUCGGUCUGCGGCCCAGAAAUCCCGCCCCUUCCGUCACGUCGCAAGGAACGCAGACGCCCGCCGUCCAGCUGCAGAACGCCGAGACGCAAACUGAGCUUUCCCACGCCGGCGCCUCCCGGCCGCCGCCCGCGCCGCCUCCGCCGGCGGCUGACGAUCUCCUACGGUCUCGCGACGCGGCGGGUCCGGUCGGCCGAGCUUCGGCGGAGGUCCCGGACGACGCAGGUAACCGGCGCGGCGCGUCGAGCGAGGACGCCCUGGCUCGGAUCCGCCGACUAAUCGCCGAGGGCGGCAUGACGGCGGUGGUGCAGCGCGAGCGGAGCACCACCACGGCGUCCAUGGGGGGCUUCGGCAACAACAUCGUGGUCAGCCACCGCAUCCACCGCGGCUCGCAGACGGGCGUCAGGAACGCCGGACGCCCCCCCGACCCGCCGGCUCCCGACCGCGCGUUCCGCGGGGGGAGGAUCGAAGGAGCUUCGCCGCCGCCGGGCCCCUCCUUUCCCUCCUCUCGCGACAGUUUCCGCGGCGACCCGUACGGCAGGCAGACGGCUGAUGUGAGGGGACCACAUGAGCCGGAGGUGUCGAGGUCCCUUAUUUGGGAGCGGCGUCGGUCGGACAAGGGCCUGGGCCAUAUUGAUGGGGCAGUCAUUCCAUUCUGCUGCCUAGACACCCCAUAUGAAAGGCAAAAGGCUUUUCCAAAACCUCGAAUGUGGCGGCAGGAGAAGAAGGGACAGACGGACGCAGACUUUCUCUCGGAGUCGGUCUAG